AUGCCAGUUGACACAGCAGCACCACAGUCUACAGCUAACCCUGACCCUUCGGUACAGACGGACCGUGCGGCCGUCAACUUUACGCCGUCUACCGACGCAUCGUCGUUCCAGUUCUACCCGGACAACCCUGAGUCGCCGCUCGCACGCUACCGCUUCGCGGCAAAGGGUCCGAGCCAGUAUUUCGACCCCUGCCAGGAGUCUGCGAACAUGUCGAUGAAGUGUCUGGAGCGGAACAACUACGACAGAGAUCUCUGUCGCGAAUACUUCGAUGCCUACCGCGAGUGCAAGAAGCAGUGGCUUAGCGCUCGGAGGAAGGACAACUCUCAGUGGACCUAG